AUGACUGGCACCGACCCAGUUCCUAAGGAUGAUCCGAAAGUUGCACCACGUACGGUAACUGAACAAUUCACCUUGGCUGACGACGUGCUGGACAAAAAUACCACCGUGGCGCCAGGUCAAAUCGACGAGAAAUAUCACACAACCAAACGCGAAAUCUGGGCAUAUUAUGCCUAUUACAUCGGAAACAAUGGACUGUCUCUAUUCAAUUUUGCUCCAACAGCCUUCCAAAACCUCCUCUACCAAGCUGCCGGAGAAAAGGGAACCCUCGUUUUCCUCGGCAAAACCCGAUCAAUCAACAGCGUCGUUCUCUUAAGCAACGGCAUCUCAUUCGCAAUCCAGAUAAUAGCCUUCCUCGUAAUCGGCAGCUUCGCCGAUUUCGGCACUUGGAGACCAAAUAUCCUCAUUGCCCUCUCGAUAAUCGCUUACGCGAUCGGCUUCGCCUGGUUGGGUGUCCAUACCGAAGACAAGUGGCAUAUAGGUGCUGGUCUCUAUAUCGUCGGACUGAUCGCCUAUCAAACUACCUUGACAUUCUGGACGGCUGCAUUCCCUUCCCUUGCUAGGAAUACCUCGGAAAUGAUAAAUCAUGCUGAUGAGCUUGCUUCUGGCAGAAUUUCGAGGGAGGAAUAUGAAUUUGCAGAUACGAUGAAGAGGAGUCAGUUGGCGAAUGUUGCGUUUUAUGUCCAAUCGUUAGGGGAGAUAGGGAUUCUGGCUGUUAUUGUGGGGAUCAUGUUUGGGGUUGAUGUUAAUUCGAGCACAGCGAACAAUAAUUGGGGGUUGAGUGUGCUUGUUGCCUUUGCGAGCGGAGUUUGGUUACUUUUUUCGUUGCCUUGGUUCUUUUUGGAAAAGAGGAGACCUGGUCAAGAUCCUGGAAGGAGGAAUAUUGCUCUUGCUGGGUUAUCCCGACUUUCGCAUACCAUACGUCAGGUUUUCCAGUUGAAACAGACCUUGCUUUAUCUUGUUGGUUACUUCUUGUUGGGCGAUUCUCUGAACACGACUGUUACUGUGAUUUCCACUCUGCAAAAUAGUAUUGUGGCAUACAAUACAUUACAAUUAACAUACCUCCUGAUAGUUGGCAUUGCAGCUCAGGCCGUUGGAAUUUACGCGUUCUGGUUCAUCCAACCACGAUAUAAACUCGGUACAAAGACCAUGUUCAAUGCCAUUGCAUUUUCUAUCAUUAUUCUGGACGGCUGGGGUAUGAUAGGCAUUUGGUCUAGCAAAUUUGGUUUCCAUCACACAUGGGAAGUGUGGUUCUACCAGGCCUUCUACGGUCUCUUGAUCUGCCCCUGGUACAGUUACUCGCAAAUUAUGAUAUCCGAAGUGACUCCCCGAGGCUAUGAAUAUCUCUUUUUUAGUCUGUUCAGCAUUGUUGGAAAAACAUCCUCAUUCAUUGGACCAAUUGUCUCCAGCGCUAUCAUCGAUGCCUCGCCUUCCGGAAACUCAUCGAUGCCAUUUUACUUCCUGUUCGGAUUGAGCCUGUUGAGUUUCUGCAUCUUAUUCGUGGGCGUGGAUCUGAAGAAGAGCCGACUAGAGCAGGAGCAAUUCUUGGAAGCGAAUAAGCGAAAAAUGGGAGGGUAA